AUGGCGUCUUCCCGCUUUUCCGUACUUUCUUCCUCCUCUCUGUCCUCGGCGGAGCUCCUCUCGCCUACUGGAAGCUCUUCACGAUAUUCUUUGCCCAAUGCACCAUCAAUAUCCACCGCCGUCGGCCCCAGUAAACCUAUCGCUCGUACGACCAUCUACGACCGACCUCUCAAUAAAGCGCGUGCUGCCGAAGUCUCCAUGUCCAGCUUCGCAUUCUUGUUCUCCGAGAUUGUGCAAUAUACGCAGAAGCGCGUCGCGGGUAUCAGCGACUUUGAACGCAGGCUAAAUACACUCGGAUACCGUAUCGGCACGCGCGUGCUCGAACUCAUGAUAUGGCGAGACCAAGCAAGCUCGAAGCAGCCGAAACGAGAAAUACGGUUCUUACCAGCGCUGAUGGCCAUACACAACAAUGUGUGGAAAGCAGUAUUUGGUCGGGUAGCGGACGGUGUCGAGCGCAGUGUUGAGAACUCCGAUGAGUACAUGAUAAUCGACAAUGACCCCGCAAUCACGCGAUCCAUUUCCGUGCCACGCGAAAUGAGCCAACUGUCGUGCUCAUCAUUCACGGCGGGGAUGGUUGAGGCCGUUCUCGACGGGCUAGGAUUUCCGGCACGCGUCACGGCGCACAACACUCCGAAUGCAGAUCAUCCUGCGCGCACCACAAUUCUGAUCAAGCUCGACCAGAGCGUACUGGCGCGGGAGGAGUUAUUCAAAUGA